AUGAUCGCGGCUCAACCCGCCCCGGUGGUCGUGUCGGCCGAGCCUUUCUCGAAUAUGAGCAGUCUGCAAGAAUCAGAUGCUCAGGAGCUCGCUCUUUUCUGCCUGCGGUACGAGAACGCAGGGGGUGCUGGCUGCCUCCUUCGCUAUGCUCACGAGAUGAAUGGCGCUUGGUAUCCCUGGUGCCAGAGGCCCAGUGAGUUCAGAGCCACAUUCCGGAUGUUAGCAGGAGCCAUUCACGCAAUUACUUCUCGCAGCGGAAUGGUCUGGUCUGUCAACGAGGGCAGUGGAUAUCCUUUCUUGGGCGGCCCAUACUCCUGUCAGCAGGGGAUGGCUUGCUUUUCAGAGGUGGAUACCAAUGGAGAUGGAGUUUUCGACAAGUUCGACGAUCCCUACGGGCCCUACUACCCCGGUGAUGACGUGGUGGAUUGGGUUGGUGUUACCGUUUACUACUGGGGUCUCCUGUAUCCUUUCGGUGAGAAUCAGCUUCCACAGGACAACUACUUCGUGCAGCGCAUCAGAGGCAAUUAUAGCGGUCCUUCGGGCGACUACAGGAGCACCCCCGACUUGUACCAGAUCUAUUGCUCCCCUGAGGGUGGGCACAACAAACCAAUGAUGCUCACUGAGACAUCGGCGCUGUACACCGUUGGGGCACCGUUUGGAGGAACGGCCAGUAAUAUGGACAUCAAGCGAAACUGGUGGAUGCAGGUCUUCGGAUUGUCCGCGUGUCCACCGUCGAGCCUCUGUGGUGGUGCCGAGUUCCCCAUGUUGAAGGCUAUCAUGUGGUUCGAUAUCAUCAAAGCAGAAGGAGCAGCGCAAGGCGAGACAGUGGACUGGUCGGUGACUCAAAACACCUCUAUGGCGCAAAGCUUCGCCCAGGAGGUUCUGAACCAGCCAGGUGGAAGAGCAAGGUACGUGGGCCUGGAUGAGCUAAACGAACUGCGCGGAUGCUCAGAUGAUGAGGUGGAGAACUGUGCAGGGACCAAGUGCUGUGUAUCCCCGACCUCCAGGUGUUACCGGAAGGAUGACGGCUGGGCCGCGUGCAUGCCCAGCUGUGUGCCUGGUAUCGACUACACGGAGCUUCCGCAAUACCAGACGCCUUGGAGUUGCGAGGAUCUGUCUGAGAUACAGAUAUGCUCCCAGGACAGAGUAGAAAAUUGUGGAGAGACAAAGUGCUGCAUAUCUCCAGGGUCUUCAUGCUAUCAGAAGGAUCACGGCUGGGCUGAAUGUGGGACCAGCUGUGUUCCUAGAAUCGACGACACGGAGCAACCCGACCAAUCGUCCUGGAGUUGUGAGGUGUUGUCGUCGCCAAUUAUAUUUCCAACGCUGCCGCCGACGUUACCGCCGACUACACCUCCAACAUCGCCUGCACCUACAACAUUGCCGCCGACUUUACCACCGACUGCACCUCCAACAUCCCCUCCACCUACAUGCUCGCAGGACCGAGUGGAAAACUGCGCAGAGACAAAGUGCUGCACGUCCCCAGAUUCUACGUGCUACAAGAAGGAUGACGGCUGGGCGGCUUGCAUAACUAGCUGUGUUCCUGGAAUCGACGACACUGAGCCUCCACAGUACCAGACACCUUGGAGUUGUGAGGUGUUGUCACCAACAUUGCCCUCGACUUUACCGCCGACUACACCUCCAACAUCGCCUGCACCUACAACAUUGCCCCCGACUUUACCGCCGACUGCACCUCCAACAUCCCCUCCACCUAUAUGCUCGCAGGACCGAGUGGAAAACUGCGCAGAGACAAAGUGCUGCACAUCCCCAGAUUCUACGUGCUACAAGAAGGAUGACGGCUGGGCGGCUUGCAUAACUAGCUGUGUUCCUGGAAUCGACGACACUGAGCCUCCACAGUACCAGACACCUUGGAGUUGUGAGGUGUUGUCGCCAACAUUGCCCUCGACUUUACCGCCGACUACACCUCCAACAUCGCCUGCACCUACAACAUUGCCGCCGACUUUACCGCCGACUGCACCUCCAACAUCCCCUCCACCUACAUGCUCGCAGGACCGAGUGGAAAACUGCGCAGAGACAAAGUGCUGCACAUCCCCAGAUUCUACGUGCUACAAGAAGGAUGACGGCUGGGCGGCUUGCAUAACUAGCUGUGUUCCUGGAAUCGACGACACUGAGCCUCCACAGUACCAGACACCUUGGAGUUGUGAGGUGUUGUCACCAACAUUGCCCUCGACCUUGCCGCCGACUACAGCUCCAACAUCGCCUGCACCUACAACAUUGCCGCCGACUUUACCGCCGACUGCACCUCCAACAUCCCCUCCACCUACAUGCUCGCAGGACCGAGUGGAAAACUGCGCAGAGACAAAGUGCUGCACAUCCCCAGAUUCUACGUGCUACAAGAAGGAUGACGGCUGGGCGGCUUGCAUAACUAGCUGUGUUCCUGGAAUCGACGACACUGAGCCUCCACAGUACCAGACACCUUGGAGUUGUGAGGUGUUGUCGCCAACAUUGCCCUCGACUUUACCGCCGACUACAGCUCCAACAUCGCCUGCACCUACAACAUUGCCGCCGACUUUACCGCCGACUGCACCUCCAACAUCCCCUCCACCUACAUGCUCGCAGGACCGAGUGGAAAACUGCGCAGAGACAAAGUGCUGCACAUCCCCAGAUUCUACGUGCUACAAGAAGGAUGACGGCUGGGCGGCUUGCAUAACUAGCUGUGUUCCUGGAAUCGACGACACUGAGCCUCCACAGUACCAGACACCUUGGAGUUGUGAGGUGUUGUCACCAACAUUGCCCUCGACCUUGCCGCCGACUACAGCUCCAACAUCGCCUGCACCUACAACAUUGCCGCCGACUUUACCGCCGACUGCACCUCCAACAUCCCCUCCACCUACAUGCUCGCAGGACCGAGUGGAAAACUGCGCAGAGACAAAGUGCUGCACAUCCCCAGAUUCUACGUGCUACAAGAAGGAUGACGGCUGGGCGGCUUGCAUAACUAGCUGUGUUCCUGGAAUCGACGACACUGAGCCUCCACAGUACCAGACACCUUGGAGUUGUGAGGUGCUGCGUUGA